GCCAGGUAAAAUCAUGGAACCCGUGCAGUCCCUUAUUCCUGAACUCUGUCUAGCGGCUGAACCCGCGCCUAGCCGGAGGGCCGCCGGACGCCCCUGACAGUAUGGCAGUCUCUUUCUUCUCGUCAGACGCGCAGUGAUUGGAAUAAUGGAGCUGGGAAAAGGCAAGCUCCUGAGAACCGGUCUCAACGCCCUCUACCAAGCCAUCCAUCCCGUUCACGGUUUAGCCUGGACGGACGGCAAGCAAGUUGUUCUGACUUCCCUGCACCUUGACAACGAAGAACCAAGUUUCGGGAACUCUGUGGUCAUCGGGCAGUUCGAGCACGUCCACGGUCUGUACUGGGGGCAGGUCUACGGAAAUGACGCCCCGGCUCUGCUGGCCGUCCAGCACAAGAAACACGUCACCGUCUGGCAGUUGUAUUACAGCGUCUUGGAGAAGAACAAGCUGGUCGUCUCCCAGACUUGUGAGAUCGGGGAUCCUCUCCCCGUUCUCCCCCAGGGUUGUGUUUGGCAUCCAAGCAAAGACAUCUUGGUUGUUCUAACCAAGAGGGACGCCUUUCUAUUGUACGACGUGCGUUCGGACAACGUGAAUGUAAAAGCGGAUAUUAAGAGCAAUGGGAUUGUUCACUGCGCCUGCUGGACCAAAGAUGGCUGUCGCUUGGUCAUAGCGAUCGGCAGUUCACUUCACUCGUACAUCUGGGACAGCAAGCAGAAGGCGUUAAGCAUUUGUUCCUUCUGUCCCAUAUUUGAUGUCGGAGGAUACAUUUGCGCCAUUGAAUCUACAGUGGAUUGUCAAAUUGCGGUGACCACCGAGCUUCCGUUAGACCGGAUCUGCGCGUUAAACGCCGGCAUUGCUUUCGAUGUUCCGCCCGCCGCCGAUAACUCGUUUUCUACCCAGUCGGCUUUAUUGCUGAUGGACGAAGAAUUCUCUAUGGACGCCGGCAGACGGUCGACUGAUUCCGGAACGUCCGUGACGACGGAUUCGCCUGCAGCUUCGCCGGGGGCCGGGGACCUGGCCAACAUUACAGCAAAUCACUCCAAAUCUGACCUGAAUCCUCUGUUUAAUCUGAGGCGUAAGGACUAUCUAACGGGAACCGGACAGGAUUCCUCCCAUUUGAUCCUUGUUAACUUUGAAAAGAAAGUGACCACCACCAGGAAAGUUAAUAUCCCCGGCAUCCUGGUGCCAGACAUACUCGCUUUUGACCCAAGGGCUCAUAUCGUGGCUGUCGCGUCAAACACAUACAGCAGUGUUUUGGUUUACUCGUUGACUUCAUCCAGCAUGCCCAACAUUCAGGUAAUUCAGCUCGAGAAGAACGAGAGGCCAAAAGGCUUGUGCUUCCUGACGGAUAAAAUGUUACUGGUUUUGGUCGGGAGGCAGAAAGCGUCGGACCCGGCCUUUCUGCCUUCCUCGAGCUCCGAUAAAUACAUCAUCCGCUUGAUCGUAAAAGAGGUCUCGUUUGAUGAAGAUUCCUCCACGUCGUCGGCCGGCAUGCCCGGCGUGCGUUCGAGUUACGAUUCCUCCGUGAGCUUACUAGGGAAGAAGAAAUACUUUGAGAACCUUUACAAGGACGACCCCUUUGCCUGCCGCGAGCUUUUGAUUCCGGGCAGCACGACGAGUCCUCGCGUUCUCAGCAAAAAGCAGCUCAUCGAGGAGAUCCGGCACUUCGGAGAUCAGAGUCCGACGUCCAGCGCCAGCGAUUUUGAAGAUAAAAAGAACGUGCUGAAUGUGCACAAUCUGGACGUCGAGCCGAAAAACCGUUCGGUGACGUUGGGCCUGGACGCGCACAAACCGUUCAGCAGACCGAUAUCGCCCAAGUCGGAGAGCCUCGGCUUUCCCCGGCCUCAGACUUUAAUGAGGAGCGGCGCGGCGGCCACCGAACAGGACAUCCUUCACAUAUCGAAAAACCUGGACCGGCUGUGCUGCAACUUCUCAAAUCUCCAGCAGCGCAUUACGGACCUGGCAGACUUCACGAGGAAUGGGAAGAAGACAUCGCUAACGUAUCCGUCUUCAAAGGACGUGCCGUACGUCACCCUGCUGUAUCAGGCGAGCCGCUCCGACGGACACGUCUUGAAGAAGUGCGUCUUGCUGUAUGAGAACAAGCUGCGUCUAAACACCGUCCAGGAGCUGUUCGGCCUGUCUCUCGUAGAGAUGCUGCUGGGUCCAUCGUGGAUAACCCUUACAGCCGACAGCGAAGGAUUUAUCCCCGUAACUUUUUUUGCGAAUCAGGAGCUGCAUGUCAGGGACGCGAGGAUCUCCGCUCCUCACUCCAUGACCCCCGCAGAGCCCCCCAGCAGCGUCACUUAGAGCGAGCGCGGUACACCUCGCUUCAUGAAGCCUGCGUUGGCUCAGGGUACUGUAACACCAUGCAAAUGCCAUAUGCCAAGGUUCAUUAGACGUUUAAUAUCUUCUGCCUAUCCUGAAGCAAUAUAUGUAUGAGAUUGAAUGCCAAGGGCGAGCGUGAUGCUGGUGUAUUGGCAAGAAGGAUAAAUACUCUCAUAAAAUACUGAUGCAACGCGCUUGAAGAAUUUCUAAGUUAACC